AUGUUUAGUUGCGACCAACGGCCUCUAUAUAUAGCCCUGGGUUCGUCCACCGUUCGAAUUUUCCAUAUGACCAUGACUGACCUCAACGGAAGCCGGUGGAACAAUUACGUCGCUAAGCCCGCUUCGCUUGAUUUCUCCCAAGUAACAAUCACCCGACAAUCUUUGCACACGUACGCCGAUGCCGGUGACAGCCGAGUCGCAAAAGAGGGAAAGCAGUAG